ACGUAGAAUUAAUGGAUUAUGUCUACUUUAUCAUACAGAAGCUGCUAGUGGCCGUGGUGGUGGUGUUGGUGGCCGGUGGUCACGCUGACGUCCACUCCUCAGGUGGAGCCCAUCAUGGGUCAGUCUCAUCCAGACCUCAUAUAGGUCAUGGUAGCCAUGGUGUUCAUGGUAGCCGUGGUGUUGCUCAUGGUAGCCAUGGUGUUGCUCAUGGUAGCCAUGGUGUUGCUCACGGUAGCCAUGGUGUUGCUCAUGGUAGCCAUGGUGUUGCUCACGGUCACUCCACGGGACUUCAUGGGUCCUACACCCCUGCAAGGCCAGUUUAUGGUGCUCAUCAGUCCAGCUACACGUCCCAUACACCAAGCUAUGGUAGCCAUCAUGGGGGCCACCAUGGAAGCUACACUCCCCCUAGACCAACUUAUGGUGGUCACCACACAAGCUAUACGCCUCAUAGACCAACUUAUGGUGGUCACCAUACAAGCUAUACGCCUUAUCAACCAACCUAUGGUGUGUCUCAUGGUGUCCAUGGUGGGUCAUCUGUGGGCAGGCACGUCGCUCCCCACCGUUCAGCAGGAGGCCACGGUUAUGGCCAUUAACAUUCCUGAAACAUGCAACCCAAAGUGAGGAUGGCACAAGUACUUCAAGAACCUGCAAAUAUGGUUCUUGAACCGUAAACUGGUUUUAUUUAUUUAUUUAAAUUCCUACACAUUUGUAACUAAAUAUCCAAUAAAACCGUGAAAUAUGAA